CCACAAGUGACGACCAAACGCAAUCCGUAAAAAUUGUUAACUCAAAUAUUAGCUUGGGAAUAGGUGAAUCAGUAUAUGUUCGUAUUGCUCAAUGUUCAAUUUGUUCAAUAAACUUAAGAUUAAAAUGUGGCAAUGAAAUUGUCAAUAAAACAGUACGAUCUGAUGAAGGACCUCGUUUGUUCUUUUCAAAUAAUUUUUUUCUCUACGGAUGGAACGAAAUCGAAUUGUCACCGCCAUCAAAUAACCAUAUUCAAAGGGUCAACUGUGACUUACAAAUGUAUGGAAGUUACGAUAAUAUCACACCAGCUGCCGUUACCAAAUUCUGGAGAACAACUAAUCCACCCUGCAGUUACAUACCGAGGUGGGAGGUGCUUAUUACCAAAGAGAAAUUUGAUAACCAAGGCGCGAAGCCGAGGUUGUACGAUGAAGCAACGACCACCAAGUAUUCUGAAUAUUUUUGCACACGAAAAUGUUUUGUUGAUUUUUGAAAGAAAAUUCGAUUCAAUACGCAAAUUACUGAAAUUUGCACUUUACAGAAGUAAAUAUGAUUCGGGAAACAAAAAUUUUUCAUAUCAAAUUGAAAUUGAAGGUGACAAUAAGUUGUUAAGUAAUUUUACUUCAGGUUAUGAACAAAACUAUAAUUUUAAAGCAAUUAAACUGGCGUCAGUAAUAAGUUUUACCACUAUGGAAGUUACUGGGAAAUUAGUUAUCGGGGAAGCAACCCAAAAAUACACUCAACUUGAAGAAGAAAUGCUCUCACUUUUGAAAUGUAUAAACUGUUCGGAUUAUGCAAUUUCACCGAUUCAUUAUUGCGCGGAAAAGUCAAACGUAGUAUGUUCGGGGUGUAAGGAAAAUCACGGUUGUGACUCUUGUGAAAAAUCAGCUCCAAAGAGAAACAUUAGUCUGGAUGGAAUAGCAAGUUUACUAACGUAUCCUUGCAAAUACAAACGAAACGGUUGUACUUUUACUUCUAAAUCUGAGAAAAUCAGUGAGCAUCACUCUAUAUGUGAAUUGAGUGAUUCUCCAUGUCCUUUUGAAGAAACAACCUCAAAAUGCUUAUGGAAAGGCACAACAAACCACUUGCUUGAUCACAUAAGAAAUAAUCAUCAACGAUUUUUGUAUGCAACUAACACCGUAUUUUUUAGAAAGCUUAUAGCGGGAACAACGGCCUAUAUGAUACUUAAGUUUUCAUAUCGUUGUUUUCGAUUCAGCUAUAAAAAAACAGAGCCGUCUACUUAUUAUUUUACUGUUCAAACGAUUGGUUGCUUUUCAAAUCAAUACAAAUUUGAAAUCGAAAUUCAAGAUCCUUCUACAAAAGGGAUUAGAUUAGUAGCCAGCAAACUUUGCCCAAAGAUGACAAAAAUUAAACGCUGUUUUACAAAUCCGGAUAAUUACAUCGCUUUUGACAAUAUUAAAACGUUUGAAAUGGGUAGUAGUCUUAUAUUUAAGGUGACUGUUUUCAAGUAAACAUGUAUUUUUGCACUUAAAAAAAUGUUAAAAUUAUUAAUCAAUAAUAUUAAAAUUUAUGACUGUUAUCAUUUUGUAAUGUAGUUAAAAUACACAUUUUUUCUUAAACA